AUGGCGAGCCCGGCCCUCAACUUCAUCACCUUCAAUCAGGACCACAGCUGUCUCGCUGUCGGUACCUCGAAAGGCUUCCGCAUCUAUCACACCGACCCAUUCUCUCGCAUCUUCAGCAGCGACGAUGGCAAUAUUUCAAUCAUCGAGAUGCUAUUCUCCACCUCUCUUGUUGCCUUGAUUUUGUCUCCACGACACCUAGUUAUACAAAACACAAAGAGAGCCUCGGUAAUAUGCGAGCUCACCUUCCCUUCCGCCGUUUUAGCAGUACGCCUCAAUCGCAAGCGCCUGGCCGUCGUUCUUGAAGAGGAGAUCUAUCUCUACGAUAUUAGCAACAUGAGUCUCAUCUACACUAUACCCACAUCCCCCAACUCAUCAGCCAUUUGCGACGUUCUUGUCUUCGAUACCCUCACUCUGAAAGCCGUCAAUGUCAUCGAGGCGCAUCGCUCGCCGCUGUGUAGCAUAUGCUUAAACAACGACGGAACCUUGCUUGCGACGGCCAGCGAGACUGGUACAAUUAUUCGAGUGUUCUCCGUCCCUCGAGGCCAGAAACUCUAUCAGUUUCGUCGCGGUACAUACCCUUCAACCAUAUACAGCAUGUCCUUCAAUUUGAGCUCUACGCUGCUCUGUGUUUCCUCGACUUCCGAUACUGUUCAUAUUUUCCGCCUGGCGGUACCUCCAGGGAACAGUACUCCGGGUGGCGCGCCUAUUGAGCCGCCUGGGUCUCCAAGACACGAUCGCUGGUCUCGUGGUCGACUCCAGGAAGAAGCGGGCUCUCCCGGCGACAGUGCCACCGAAUCACCUAGAAGCGAUGUGGCGGAGCUUUCGAACAGCCCCGGAAAGGCCGCCAAUCGCAGGCAAAGCGGCUCCUUUGGUAACAUGCUCCGUCGAUCCUCUCAAAUCAUGGGCCGUGGCGUCGCAGGCGUCAUGGGUUCCUAUCUUCCUCAGUCGGUCACAGAGAUGUGGGAGCCCAUCAGAGACUUUGCUUUCAUCAAGAUCCCCAAGUCAACAGCUUCCUCCAAUGCUUCGCGACUCACGGGUGGCUCUCCCACAGGCCCACUACGCAGCGUUGUCGCCAUGAGCAGUAGUAGCCCUCAAGUAAUGGUGGUAACAAGCGAUGGCGGCUUUUACGUUUACAAUAUCGACAUGGAAAAUGGCGGCGAGGGCUAUCUCGUCAAACAGUUUUCGUAA